AUGGCAACCGCCGAAGAUUCUUGGCGGCUGCCCAACGCCACACCCAUCACACCGCCCAGCAGCCACCCCAGCACCAACAGCGUCGCUGACAGGCCCGUCCAUACCCGGCCAGUCGUCUGCAGCGUCGCCGUGCUCCGGUCGCUCAGCCGUCUCGUGCGUCUCGUGCGUCUCGUGCUUCUCGUGCGCGCGAGUCAAUACGCCGUGGCAGCCAUCGGGGCCGGCGACGACCGGUUGGACGAUCCGGCCUCGGACCCGGGCCCGCCCGACCAAAAGCCGCCCGUUCAUCUUGAUGAGCUGGAUCAGCGCGCGCUCGUAGAUCUUAGCUUCGCGGCGCGCCUCGACCAGCGACCGCUCGGCGUCCUCGACACUCAUCGCGUGCACAGAGCUCUCGAGGUCGUUCUUCAGGUCGACGCUGUCGCGGUCCACAAUCAGGCCGGACGACCGGCUGCUCGGGCGGGCCGAAUGACUGCGGCCGCCGCUGCUCAAGCCAUUGGUCGACGUCAGGGCGGAGUCGCUGUGGAUGCCGUUGCUCUCCAGUGCCGGUGCACCUGUGUUGGAGGUCGGAGCGCCGCGUGCCGCACCAUUGCCAUUGGUGACAAUGCUGCUAGCAGGGAGGCUGCUCGCCGCAUAGCCGCUGGCCGGCAUGCCGUAACGCAUCUCCGGCGUGUGGUAGAUCCAGGGUGCCAGCGUCGUCGUGCCGAUCGCCUGCGGCACGCCCGUAUCCACCAGCAUGGACUGCCACGACGCAGCCUCGCUCUGCGGCAGCAGGUUCAGCCGAGGCAGCACGUACUGGUUGAUCCAAUAGACGGCCUCUUCGCGCUGGAUCUUGGACAUCGGGUCAAAGAGCAUCUGGCCCGCCAUGGCCGCCGGCGCAAGGGCCUUCACCGGGUAGUACGACGGCAAUCCACAAGGCACGGCACGCUUCGCAAUCAGCGCGAACCCGCCCAUCUCCUCGUACCGGGCGUGCAUGUAGCUGAGCGGCGACGCCAAGCUGUUGCCAAGCCGCUGCUGCAGCGUCAUGAACCGGUUCUCCUCCGCCUCCGUCAGAUUGCGCAGGCAGUCGCCGUUGGGCGUCGCGAGCACGCGCACCUCGUCGACGUACUUGCGGACAGCCUUGCCUGCGACGAUGUCGUCGAGGUCCUCCUUGGUGAAGAGCACGUCGGGCGGCAGCAGCGCGUCGCCCUUGAUAACCGAGCUGCGCGGCACGCUGCGGGACUGCGCCAGUGUCACGAAUGGCUGCAGCAGCGAGAUGUUCUCCAGGUGCUUGUCAAUCAGGCCGCGGGCGGCCAUGUCCAGCGCGAUGGAUCGGAUCGAGCCACCGGGUUGCGUCUGGGCGUCACUGAGGUUCACAGGCGCAUCGUCCUCUCGCAUAACAGAAAGCGUAGUCGAACCCGCCACCUCGCCAGCCUCGCGAAGCACCUUCCGAAGGACCUCCUGCUCCUUCUCAAACAGCUUCUGCACUCGGUCGAAGGCGUCAACUCAGCAGGCGUCUCGGUGGUAGCGGCCGCAGGUGCAGUGUUGGAAGCAGAGCCGCUCUUCUUCGUCGUGCUCUUCGUCGUGCUCUUCGCCGUCUCUGCGGUCGAGGUCUUAGCAGCAGCCUCGGCCGCCGCCGCAGCGGCCUUUUCCUUAGCAUCGUCCUUUUUCUUAGCAGCGGAUGACUGCUUGGCGCGCUCCUUCGUCUCCUUUGCGUCCUUCGCCUCCGUCUGCUUCGACUCCUUCUGCUCCUUUGGUACCUUGGCCGAGGCAGCCGUUUCCGUAGAAGACUCUGCGGCAGGCGUCGCAGCGGGUGCCGCCACAACUGGGGUCGGAGCAGGCUUCUCCUUCUUCUGCUUCUUCUUGCGGCCCAUGAUCGGCGCGAUCUCGACAGCCUCUUCGUCGUGCUCGUUCAGCGCCUGGCCAGCAAACGAGGUACUCGUCGUCGUGGCGGCUUCCACCACGGCCGCAGCAUCCAUCUUCAAUGCCUGCUUGCGUUGUUUGCGCUGCUGGCUCUUGGUGGUGUUGCGGACGGCGGCCGAACCAAUGCGGGUCGGCUGCGGCGGCGGUGGUGAUCCCGCCCGUGAGGCAGAAAUUGACGCCGACACGACAGACGCGUUGUCCGAGACAGACACUACCUCACUCACGGGCGUGCUGGGACGGUUCGACACAGAUGCCUGCCGGUUGGCAAGAACGGCAGAUGUCAGGGCGGGCGUGGACGAUGACGACGACGAUGCAGCAGUCGACGCCGCCGCGAGUUUGGCAUUUUCAGCUGCCGUGAUCGCCGUCAGACUCAAGACAGGCGCAGGGCCUGACUCGGUCUUGGCCGGCUGCACCACGCGGAGUGUCUUGGGCGGGGCCGCGCGGACGGCCGGCGACCAAGGCGCAGCAGGCGUGGGUAACGAAGGGAACGCCGACGCCAUGUCUGCGGUCGUAUUCUUGUCACUGACGGCCGGGCUAGCCUCCGCCGCCUUUGCCGCAGCUGGUUUGGCCGUUGCCGCAAGGUUCAAAACAGCAGGAACAGGCUUCUUGUCAUUGGACUUCUUUCCUACGGGAGUGGAUGGCUUCGACGCCCGGACCUGCGAAACAGGCGCGGCUGCGGCGGACUUGGUUGCAGAUGCAGCAGCCGCAUCCAGAGCGGGAAAGUCCUCGUCCUGA